CUAAUUAGGAAAAAACAAUAGCUGAUUGAUUGAUUGGUUGAUCGAGUUGGGGAUGAUUUGAUCGAUCGAUGGAGCGAUUUAUCGAUGGAUAUGAAGGAAUUGCUUGACUUGAUUGAAUGAUAGAGGUAGGUGCAUCAUUCAUCGUGAUUAUGAUUGCAAGUGAAGAUUGGAGGAAUGGGAAGGACGAGGAAGACAGAGCUGAAGCUGCUGCAUGCAGCAGGCGUGGGCUCGCUUCGGCGAGUGAAAAGACUUAUUCCGGACGAUGAUGAUGACGACAGCAGUGUUGAUGAAAGCAGCGACAGCAGUUUCUCCUCCACUUCCACCUCCUCCCCCUCCACGUCAUCGUUCUCCACCUCCCCUUCGUCCUCCCCCAUUCCCACCUCCACUUCCUCGCUGUCCACCUCCCCCUCCACAUGCAGCGGCAGCCGCAGCAGUGAAAGCUGGAGCGACUUGAGCCUUGCUGACGUGUACAGUACGACGAGUAGCAGUGGGAGCGGCGAUGACAGCGAUCACCGGAGAGGAGGUGGAGGCGGUAGAGCUGAAGAUGGGGAAUCGGAUAUGGCGGAGGGGAAGGAGAGAGGUAGGAGAAGGAAGAGAGUCUGUGUGGGCGAGAGAGAGAAGAAAACUCAGAAAAGGGAGAAAAGAACAGAGAAAGACAAGCGUAGAAGUAAGAGUAACGCUGCCGUUGCUGCUGCUGCUGCUGUUCGUGGCUAUGGUGGCUAUGGUGGCGAUGGCGGCCAGCUUGAUCGGCAGCAACGAGAAGAAGAACACAGAACUCGAAAGCGAAGGAGGAGAGAGUCGGAUUCGAGCGAAGAGAUAGGAGCUCACAGGAAGGAGAAGAGGAGGAGGAGGGAGGUGGGUGUGGAGGGGAAGGAGGAGGGGAAAAGGAUGAAGAAGAUGGAUGACACGUCGACGAAGAAGAAGAAGCAGAAGAAAGAAGUUGAGAAGGGGAAGGAUAGGGAUAGGGAUAGGGAUAGGUUUGUCGUAUCUGGGAGGAAAAGAAAGGAUAUGGUGGGGAAAGAGAAGAGGAAGAGGAAGGGGAGCAGCAAUGGUACGACCAGCAGCAGCAGCAGAAGCAGGAGGAAGAGGAGGAGGAGGAGGAGGAGGAGGAGGAGGAGGAGGGAGAAGAAGAAAACACUCCAGCACAAGCUACACGUGGACGUGAAUUGCACCGACGUGGAGGGUUUGACACCAUUACAUCAUGCUUGUUACGUAGGUGCAUUGGAUCUAGUCAAGUAUUUGCUGUAUUGUGGUGCUGACGUGGCAGCACGUGAUAGGAAAGGAAACACGCCGCUCCACGUGGCGGCCCGGUUGGGCGAGCCUAAGCUGAUUGCCCUUCUGAGAAAGGAGGGAGGUGAUAUGGGAGCGAGGAAUGGGAGAGGAGAGACCCCAGAGGACAUCGUGGGAGAGAGGCUGUCUAAAAAGUGUGAGAGAUUCGCUCGCGGAUCGCGAUUUGAAGAUCCGGAUCGGGACGGUUGGGAGGCGAAGUUGGAAGCUGAGGCGAGCGAUGACGAGGGAGGGGAGGGAGGAAGAAGAGGGAACAGAAGCAGCAGCUGCCUCUGGGGGGUGGGGGAGGAUUGGGAGAGAGGAGGUGGUGGUGGUGGUGGUGGUUAUCAGUGGGGUGGAGCGGACGAGGAUGAUGAUUUGCUGACUAGAUUUGCUGAUUUUGGCGGGAAUCGACAUCGACGUAAUGGAGGAGGAGGAGGAGGAGGACCGGAUAUGGCGAAGAAGAUAGCGGAAGCGAUAAGGAAGAACAAACACGUGCAAGCACGAGCUAUGGAGGAAGCAGACGCGAAAAUGAGAGCGGCGAUGGCAAGGGAGGAGGAGCAGAGAGAGAGGAGGAGGGAGGAGGAAAUGAGGAGGAAAGCGUACUUGGAACGUCAGGCGGAAGAGAAAGAAAGGAGAGAGAGGGAGAAAGAGGAGAGAGAGGAGUUGAAGAAGGAGAGACGAGGGGGAGGAGGGAGUUGUAGGGAAAGGAGAGAAGGAGGAGGAGGAGGAGGAGGAGGAGGAGGAGGUCGGGGAAGAGAGACGGACCCGUCGCGAAUCCUUGAAGAGGAAAUCGCCAAGGAUAAAGCAUGGAGAGAGAGGGUGCUUGGCGGGAAAUGGCUCCAGAAGAAACACAGAUAUGACGUGGAGUGGGUCCGAUUCUCUUCGUCUUGUAACAUGUGCGUUUGCUAUGGGGAUGUGCCUUUUCCCAUCGACGAAGGAAAGGAUAAAGAUCUGGAUAAGGUGCUUUUGCAAGGCGUCGAACCGUCAGAUCAGAAGAAGAAGAUCAGGGAGGAGGUGGUGAGGUGGCACCCCGACAAAUUCAUGCAAAGAUGGGGACAAAGAUUAAAUCCGGCUGAUAGGGAGAAGAUUCUCGGAAGAGUCAAGGAAAUCUCGCAGGCAGUGCACGAUAUCUACGCGAAGAUAUCCUCCGCCUCUGCUGUUGCUGCUGCUGCUCCUGCGACAGCGUCUGCUGCUGCUGAUGAUGACAAUAAAGAUUGAGUUCUUUUUUUUUUUUUUUUUGUCAAGAUUGAGGAGUAUCAGCAGUAGCAGAAACGGGAUUGAUUUUAUUUUUUUUUAUUUUUUUUUGAAGAGAGAAUUUGUGUACAAUAAUUGAGAGGUUCCCGUGAAUGUGGAACACCUAGCAAAGCUUCCUUUUCUUGGAAUGACUAAUUAGUUUUUUUUUUGUUUUUUGGUGGGGAGGAAGAAGAAUUGGGGGGAUGCGGGGGGUUGCAGGCUGAUACGUUGCAGUCUACACAAUGACGAUGAUAAAGUGUAGAGCCCGCC